GCAGACAGAGCUCAAUUAAACAAAAGGUUUUAAAGAACACAAAACCCUAAAUUCGUCUCGUUCGAAUUAGAGAAAUUUUAUCAGAAUUUUAAUUGAAAGAUCCAUUAAAUUAGCUGGAAGAAGUGUAAAACUCCCAUGGAUGAUGAUUCACAAGUCAAAGCUCUAGAGGAGAAGCUGAAGAGUCAGCUUAGUCAGCUUGAACUUGAGCACGCUGUGUUCGACAGAAUGGUUUACAAGAAUAAGAACCAGCAUCGGAGAUGCUCCUAUUUCCAAUACCUUCUCAAGGUGAGAAGGGAUUUGAGAAUUUUACGAACAGCAAACAUGGAGGGUAUACUGAGACCUUGCUUUCAUGUUAUUUCUGGGAAAAUAAGUAAACAGAAGAUUCAUGUUUUGGAGAGCUUGAAGUUGAAAAAAUGUGAUACUGGGAAACCAAAUGUCUUGGAACGACUUCGUGGAACUCUUCAUUUACUCUCACAGAUGACUGAACCCAUCUUAAAGGCUGCUAGUGGGAUAUCUACUCUGCUAGCUCGUUCAUUUUUCGUAGGAUUUUCUGUGACAUUUUUGGCGCUGCUUGCACGUCUCAGAGUGUUAGUUCAACAAAUAUUACUUGAUGCUGUGACAGUUUUCAAUUCGGUUACCUCUACAUCCCUGAAGAAACAGUCUGUGAAGAUAGCACAGGAUGGGGUUGAGGUGUUCCGCGAGUACUAUCCAAAGGAAGAAGAGUGCAUGAGCAUCACAAUGUUGAAUUGUGUGUGGAAGACGGAUAAAUAUGUCUUACUCGAGACAUUACAGAAGCAUGAGAGUAGUAAACCUAUGGAGGAAAACGUUUCAGAAGAUGCUACAACUAGGGAUUCUUUGGUACAGUAUCAAACAUCUGUUUCUCCUCUUGGGGAAGAGUUCUCUCCUUUGCUUGAUGUAGACAACGGUGGUGUUACUGUGAGAGAAAGUUCUUCUCCCAUUGCUGAAGCAGCUUCGUCCAAGACUGAUAAUGCGAUGCAACCAGAAGAUUCAGAAAACCCAGAAGAUGCUGUAACGAGGGAGUGUUCAGUUCAGUAUCAUACGUUUGCUUCUACUCUUGGAGAAGAUAUCCCUCCUUCUCCUCUUAUUGGAGCAGAUAAAAACGGUGAAGCUAGUGCUACAGAGUGUUCGACCCCCUUUGCUGAAGCAGUUUCUUCCAAGACUAACAAUGGAUCCCAAACAGAAGAUACAGAACAACCCGAUGAUGAAUCUACAAAUCCAGUGAGCCCGGCAAAAGUUAACACAGACACAAAAAAAGCGAGUUGCAGAGCAACCAAGGUGGCGUUUCUACCCGUGAAAAGACCUUCCUCUGCAAUAACUCAAAGCACCAUAGAAGAACCCCCAAAGAAGAAACAAGAAACAGGCGAGAAAGACAAGAAGGAAGAAGAUGGAUUUUAUAAUUUACUCGUCCGCGGAACUCAAAAAGACAGUUUGUUCUAG